AUGGCGAGUUUACAGUCUUCUUCUGAAUCUCAUCUUCCUCAACUUCUCACAAUCGCCGAUUCCAACUCGCCGGAGUUUGAAUUCUGGAACAUUCUUAGAAACCCAUCAUUCCCACCACCCAAUCUUCUAUCCGCCGACGAACUCUUCGCCGACGGCGUAGUUUUACCCCUUCAUCGUCUUCAAAUCCAUUUCAAUCAACCGCCCGAUGACCCUAUUCCUCACCCUGACUAUACUGAAUCAUCAUCAUCGGUGUUGGCGGCGUCGAAGCGGUGGAGAGAUAUAUUCAAGAAGACCGAUAAGAAAUUAAACCCCAACAAGACGAAGAAAGAGAAAGCGGUUGCCGGAGGAAAAAACAGUAGUGCCGAACUGAAUAUAAACAUAUGGCCGUUCUCCAGAAGUAGAUCCGCCGGAACCGGCGGAAACAGGACACGGACGUCGUCGUCGUCGGCGGUUGUACGGAAGGUGAGUAGUGCGCCGUGUUCACGGAGUAACUCGAGGGGUGAGUCUAACUCGAAAGGGAGGAAGUUACUGAGUAGUCCGAGUCGGGGUGGUGGGGUUCAUCUUGGUCGGAGUAGCCCUGUUUUGCAUAUACGUCGGGGAGGAUCCGGGAGAAAGGGAUCCGACCCGAAUAGUAGUAUUAAUCGUAUUGGACAGAAAGGAAGUGGAAUGGGUUCAAGUCCAAGGCUGGCAAGUAUGGAUUGCCGUCAGAAUACUCCGGCGACUUGUGGCGGCGAUGAGAAGAGUAGGGGUAUCGACGGUGCCGGAGCCGUCGACGGUGGUGGCCGGAGCAGUAAUAAUCAAUUGUUUAAUCUGAAGAGUUUAUUUAGUAAGAAAGUUUAUUAA